AACAUAAAUAAUACGUAAAUUGAUCAUGAAAAACAUAAAUCAACUAUAUAAUAUGAAGGCCCUCGUAGCAUACCGCGAGAAACAAAAGCAACAUAAAUAAAAGAUCAUAUCAUUCACCAACAAAAUGGUGUUAGAGACAACAAAAAGUGAGGAACCAAUCAUGAGCCAGUCAAAGACGGUAUGUGUGAUAGGCGCAGGACCAUCAGGGUUAGUGUCGGCGAGAGAGCUAAAGAAAGAAGGGCAUAAGGUGAUUGUGAUGGAACAAAACGACGACGUAGGAGGGCAAUGGCUAUACCAACCAAACGUGGAAGAAGAAGACCCAUUGGGGAAAACCAAAAUCCUAAAAGUACAUAGCAGCAUUUACUCAUCCUUGAGGUUGAUUUCGCCGAGAGAGAUAAUGGGUUUCUCUGACUUCCCGUUCACGGUUAAGGAAGGAAGAGACACGAGGAGAUUUCCCGGUCAUGAGGAGCUUUGGUUGUAUCUUAAGGAUUUUUGUGAGGUGUUUGGGUUGAGAGAGAUGAUUAGGUUUAAUGUUAGGGUUGAAUUUGUGGGGAUGGUGAAUGAUGAUGAUAUUACGAAGAGAUGGAGAGUGAAGAGUGUAGAGAAGAAGAGUGGUGAGGUUAUUGAAGAGGUGUUUGAUGCUGUUGUUGUUGCCACUGGCCAUUACUCUUACCCUAGAUUGCCUUCUAUUAAAGGAAUGGAUAUGUGGAAGGGAAAGCAAGUUCAUAGCCAUGUCUACAGGGUGCCUGAUCCUUUUCGUGACGAGGUGGUGGUGGUCGUAGGCGGCUUCAUCAGUGGACCUGACAUAUCAAUAGAGCUUGUGAAAGUAGCGAAGGAAGUUCAUUUAAGUGUCAAAUCACUUGACGUUUCUCCUGGCGUGUCUAAAGCCAUUACAAAACAUCAGAGCUUGCAUCUCCAACCACAGAUCGAAUCUCUGGAGGAGGAUGGACGUGUCAUUUUCGUUGAUGGGUCUUGUAUCGUAGCUGACACCAUUUUAUACUGUACUGGGUAUCGGUACAAAUUUCCAUUUCUCGAGAGUCAAGGAAGAGUAGAAGUUGAUGAUAAUAGAGUGGGCCCACUCUUCGAACACACAUUCUCUCCUUCUCUGUCCUUUGUCGGCAUCCCUCAAAAGUUGAUAGGGUUUCCAUUCUUCGAAUCACAAGCGAAAUGGAUAGCAAUGAUUUUGUCAGGCAAGACUUCACUUCCACCCUACGAUGAAAUGAUGCAAUCAGUGGCCGAGUUCUACCGCGCCAAAGAAGCCAAUGGAGUCCCUAAACGUAACACUCAUGACAUCGGAAGAGAUUUCGUCACUUAUUGCGAUAAAUACGCGGAUUACACGGGAUAUCCACAUCUGGAGGAAUGGAGAAAGAAGCUGUGUGUGACGACUAUACUGAGAUCUCUGGAUAAUCUUGAGACCUAUCGUGAUUCUUGGGACGAUGAUCAUGAGCUCCUUCAAGAAGCUCUUCAAGACCCUUAUUUUGCUCAACGAACUACCCCUUAACAGAGAAAAGCUUUUGAUGCAAGUUUCGACUUUUGUCUGAUUGAUUAAUUAUAAUAAACCCAAAAAAGGGACUCUUU